AUGGCCGGUGGAGCGAAGAAGCCAGUCAAUAUCUUCCGCCUCAAGGAUCUCGGCGAACCCAAGCAGGUCUUCAAUUGGCGACUAUGGUUUGCCGUGGUCUCCUUUGGUCUCAUGGGCGCUGCACGAGGUGUCGAUGAGGGUUUAAUCUCGGGGGCGUUCAAUUCAAAGGAUUUCCAACAAUACAUCAACUAUGAUACAUACAGCGAGGUGGAACAAACCAACAUCAAGGGCAAUGUCACGGCCAUGGUCCAGAUUGGAUCUGUCGGUGGUGCUCUCUUUGCAUUCUUAGUCUGUGAUCGCAUCGGUCGUAUUUGGGCCACCCGCCAGCUGUGUAUCAUCUGGAUGGUCGGCAUUGCGAUCUUCAUGGGGAAUUCGGGCAGUCUGGGGGCAGUUUAUGCGGGUCGCUUUAUUGCUGGUCUGGGAGUUGGUCAGACAGUAGUCGUCGCCCCGGUCUAUUUGGCAGAGAUUGCUCCUGCUUCUAUUCGAGGUCUUUGCACUUGUGUUUUCACUGGCUUUGUCUAUCUGGGUAUUGUACUCGCCUACUUUGCAAACUAUGGCUGUGAACUGAAUAUGGGCGAUAACACGCAUAACCGCUGGCUGGUUCCCACAUCUCUGCACAUCAUCUUUUCCGGCCUGAUCUUUCUUCUCUCCUUCGUGCAGUACGAAUCUCCACGAUACCUGGUCAAGCGUGGUCAGCUCGACAAGGCUAUUUUCAAUCUCUCGCGCAUCCGUGGUCUGCCUGCCGACGAUGAAUAUGUGAUGCGGGAAAUCACGACGAUCCAGACCACACAUGAGGCGGAGAUGGAAGCGACAAUGGGAUCGGGUGCAAUCGGUGUGCUCAAGGAAACCUUCUUGGUUCCCUCCAACCUCUAUCGUGUCUACCUGACCUUCAUGGCCCAGCUCCUCUCUCAGUGGUCUGGUGCGGGCAGUAUCACUGUCUAUGCUCCUGAUUUAUUCAAGCUACUGGGAGUCACUGGAAAGAACGAGAGUUUGCUAGUCACUGCCGUCUUCGGUAUUAUCAAGUUGGUCGCUGCCAUUCUCUGCGCUCUUUUCCUAGUUGAUGUGAUUGGACGCAAGCGUGCCUUGCUAUUGGGUAUUACCCUUCAAGGUAUCGCCAUGGUCUAUAUCGCUGGCUUCUUGACUUCCGUCCCUGAAAUGGGUGUCCUGGAUGACUUCCAGCUCCCCGCUGAUAAGAAGGGAGCAAGUGAAGGUGCUAUCGCCAUGAUCUAUGUUUCUGGAUUCGGAUGGGCUCUCGGCUGGAACUCCAUGCAGUACCUAUUGACGGCCGAAUUGUUCCCUCUGCGUAUCCGUGCGCUUUGCACCUCUAUGGCUAUGACUUUGCAUUUUGCCAACCAGUAUGGUAAUGCGCGCGCUGUGCCCAAUAUGCUGCUUCCCGUGGCCAAGGGUGGAAUUGAUCCCAAGGGUACCUUCUGGUGCUUUGCUGCUAUCACCGUUCUAGGUGGAAUUUGGGUGUGGUUCAGCAUUCCAGAGACAGCAGGCCGAUCACUGGAGAGCAUGGAUCGCCUGUUCGCUCUACCAUGGUAUAAGAUCGGCCGAUAUGGUAACCAGGAUGCCGAGGAGCGUGAUCAAGUUGUUAAUGAGAAGAUGGAGAUGAUGACCCAGUCGCACGGAACUGCUCAGCACGUUGAGAGACCGGAUGCUGAACGUUGA